GCUAUACCUAGAAGUAGUGACUUUAUGGGAUCAGGACUGGAUAGAGUAAAAGUGCUAGACAUGUCACAUCAGAACAUCCGUUCAAUAUCUCCAUCAGAUUCGGAUACAUUUCAGAUGUUUCGUGAAAGUAUCAUGAGCAUCAACUUGACGUUUAACGCUAUUGUUAACGUUGAUGUACAUGCAUUCGACAAUUUCACGCCUCUAAGAGCAGUGCAAGUUGACCUAACUGGCAAUGCUGAUAUUCCAUGUCAUCAGAUGUGCUUGUUGUCGUCUCUCAAACGGCCACACAUUGAGUACAAGGGUGAGUGUACAGGCACCGAUGGUGAGCGGAUCAGCUUCUCUUCGCACUCCAAUCCUCUAAAUUGUCAAGACUUAAAAGUAGAUGCAACUGACCCAUCCAAUGCAGUUCAAUCUGCAGUCAAAGUGUCUUAUGAUGGACCAAGUGCUGCUGUGUACGCUGGUAUAGGACUUGUGGUCUGUGGAAUAUUUGCUGUUUGUAUAUUUACUGCUGCAGCGUUUCUCAUCAUCAGACGCAGAAAGCGCACUAGAAAGCAAGAGAACCCACGGAAAGUAAGUCGCAGAGUCGUCAACAUGAAUGCCAAUCCUCUCUACGAGGAAAGGAUGAUGUCUGGAUCAUCUGGGAUGUUUGGAAUGUCACGCAGCUCAGAGAACAUUCUCUACUCGACAUCAGAAAGACCUAAACCAGAGCUCCCAUCCAACGUCAAUUUAGCUUACACUCGUGAAGAUGAGAGCAGCUGUGAGUUUCACAUCUAUGAAGAAGCUGAUGCAGUCACAGGAAUUAGAAACGUUCAAAAUCCUAUCUAUGACGGUUCGAGCGACUAAUCAUACAUUGAGUUUGUUGUGUGUGUGUGUGUGUGUGUGUGUGUGUGUGUGUGUGUGUGUGUGUGUGUGUGUGUGUGUGUGUGUGUGCGUGUGCUGCAAUGUACUUCUAAUGUAACAUUUCCAAUGCAGCUAGUUAAGACAUUAGCUUCUUCUUUCAUGUUUUUGUUGUCUUGCUUCACUAAUAGUUUAGCAAGCAUGACUAUUUUAUGGCAAAAUGUAUUUAAUUAUAGUAAGAGAACAUUACUAGUAAGUGCA